AUGGCAGCGGCCAACGGGGCCGUGCCCGAGGGCGCGGAGCAGCCCCGCGGCCCCGCGGCCGCCCCGUCGGGCAGGAAGGAGGUGAAGGUGGUGAUCGUGGGCGAUGGAGGCUGCGGGAAGACGUCGCUGCUGAUGGUGUACGCCAAGGGCUCCUUCCCCGAGCAAUACGCGCCCUCUGUUUUUGAGAAGUACACGACGAGCGUGGCGGUGGGAAAGAAGGAGGUGACCCUGAACCUGUACGACACCGCAGGGCAGGAGGACUACGACAGGCUGCGGCCGCUUUCCUACCAGAACACCAACGUUGUGUUAAUUUGUUACGAUGUCAUGAACCCCACUAGCUAUGAUAACGUGGCAGCCAAGUGGUAUCCUGAAGUGAAUCACUUCUGCCGGGGUGUGCCGCUGGUGCUGAUCGGCUGCAAGACGGACCUGCGCAAGGACAAGGAGCAGCUGCGCAAGCUCAGGGCGGCCAGGCAGGAGCCCAUCACCUACAGCCAGGGUGAGGCAGCUUGCAAGGAGAUUAAUGCAGAAAUUUACCUGGAAUGCUCAGCAAAAUGUCGUGAGAACAUAGAAAAUGUUUUUAAAGAAGCCACAACCAUUGCACUGAGUGCCAUGAAGAAAGCCAAGCGCCACAGGAAACGGAAAGUGUGCUCAGUGUUAUGAUCUGGACUGCACAAGAACCGAGUGAUUCAGAUUUUAUAAACAGUUUAACUUUAAAAACCUUCUUUUUUUAAACAUGUUUGUAU